AUGUUGACAAUCAGAUUUUGCAGAUACAAUGCCUUGAAAUUUCUCAAGAAGUUAGAUGCUAUGUGCCUAACACAAAACAUGCAGAUAGCUCUCAGAGGCUCCCAUGAUCCAUUACUACGUGCUAUUACUGAGAUGUAUGCCAUCUACCUGUACGAUUGCUUAGACCCAAUCACCCACAGUGCUGCAUUGCACACACUCAUUCAGUUAUUCCCCAUUUUUCCUUUCCCACAAAGAAACACAAACCCUAAGAAACACAAACCCCGUACCUCACCAUCACAGACUCACAUUACAUACACCUCGGCUCAGACCUCACUCACUCUCACCAUCACAUGCCAAGUUGUCGACGCCAUCCGCCGCUCCUCUUCGACGUCAUUUUCGCUUCCUCUUCUCGGUCAACAAUAUCAGUUUCAUAUCCUGAGGAUGUUCAAAGCAGUGACCCAGGAUUUAUUAGUGCUACUCCGUCCACUUUUGAAUCAGUUAGAUCUUCGGGAAAAUUGUUGGACAGGUUAUCAAACUCUAUAA